AUGAACACCCAAUGGCUAAUGCAAGCCCUCAAAUUUGCAAUUUCAUUGGGAAUUGCAGUGUUUUUGGGGCUAAUGUACUGCAAGGAAAAUGGGUUCUGGGCAAGCUUGGCAGUGGCUGUAAGCAUUACAUCAGAGAGAGAAGCAACAUUCAAAGUGGCCAACGUUAAAGUUCAUGGAACCAUGUUGGGAUCCGUAUAUGGAAUAUUGAGUUUUGUUAUCUUCAAAGAGUUUUUAUUAGGAAGGCUUCUUUGUCUUCUCCCUUGGUUCGUUUUCACCAGCUUUCUACAGCAUAAUAGAAUGUAUGGUUCCGCGGGUGGAGUCGCCGCCCUCGUCGGAGCUCUAGUCGUUUUAGGACGAACAAACUACGGUGCUCCGGGGGAAUUUGCUUUGGUUAGAACAAUUGAAACUUUUAUUGGGAUAUCCAUUUCAGUGGUGGUGGAUAUCAUUUUACAGCCAACAAGAGCUUCCAAAAUGGCUAAAAUCCAACUCAAUUUGAGUUUACAAUCGCUACAAAAGUGCAUUGAGUCAUUGAAUUUAAGAUCAGAUUUGGAAGAGAAUGAAAGAGCUUUAAGAAUUCAAGUUAAUGAGCUAAGGAAGUUGAUCGAGGAGGCUGAAGUAGAACCCAAUUUUUGGUUUUUGCCAUUUCAUAGCAAUAGCUACUCGAAGUUGUUGAAAUCCUUGUCAAAAACGGUGGAUUUUCUUGCGUUUAGUAUUGAUGCAAUGAAGAAUCUUAAAGAGGAGGUUGUUGAAGACUUAGAGGGUGAUAUUGAGAGGUUUAAGGAAAUGAUGAAGUUGUUAGUAUCAUGUUAUGUUGAUAUGAGUUCAUUGAAGUGUUUGAGAGUUGUUGAAAAUGAAGGGGAGAAGGUGGAGAAUUGUGAUGAUGUUGAGAUGGGUGAGGGAAACAGGAUUGAAAGAGAUGAAAUUGAGAAGGAGAAGUUGAUUCAUUGUUUGUUAAAGCAGUCGGUGGAGAUUGUUGAUGAGGUUGGUGAGGGUAAAGAUGAUAGAAGUGAUGUGAUUUUGAGUUUGAGUGCUGUGGCGUUUUGCCUCACCAGUUUGAUGAGGGAGAUUGAAGAGAUUGGUGAGGCACUUACGGAACUUGUUCAAUGGGAGAAUCCUUCUUCCACUCAUCUUCAUUUUCAUGCUAUUAUUGUAUCUCGGAUUCAUGUUCUAAAAAGUUAA